GAGGCUGCUGCGCCUGGUUGGUGUCUGGGAGCUGCGCUGCCAUGGAGCCCCAACCAGCCAAAGCCGUCGGCGCUGCCCGGCUCUCCCGCCUGCUCGCCCGGAGCCGGCGGAGCCGCCACCCCCCCACGCUGCACAUGGUGCUCGAGGCGCUGCAGGCGCAGGAUGGGAAGAAGGGCGCCUCAGUCGUCGCCAUUAAGCGCUUCAUCCUGACCAAGUACCCCACGGUGGACCCCGUGCGCCUCAAGUAUCUGCUGAAGCGGGCGCUGGCGACCGGGCUGAGCCGCGGCUUCCUGGUGCGGCCCCACAACUCCUCCGCCCUGGGGGCCACGGGGCGUUUCAAGCUCGCUCCUAAGAGGCUGCAGCAGAAGCAGACGCUGGGUCAGGAGGAUCCCGGCGAGGGACCGGCCCCGAAGAUGGGACGCAGAGGGGCUGCCGAGGCUGUCCGGGCCCCUGCGGUGGUGCGGAGCGAUGGAGGGCAAGGCGCUGCCAAGGAGAAGUCGAAAGUAGUGAAGAAGAAGCCCAGGGCAAAGCCUGCAGAUGCCCAGCCAGCGGUGGGGAGUGAUGGAGUGAAGGUCCGCCGGGCCCCUGGCAAAGGAUGGUCACAGCCCCCUGCAGCUCCUGCUGCUAAGGGUGUGCGAGCGGACAGUGGCGACCGCCCUGCAGGUGCUGGGGCGAAGAGACCCCAAAAGACCCCAGCAGCCAAGAGCAAAGGGAAGGUGCCUGAGGAGACCCAGGAAGCUGCCUUGAAGAAAGGAGGUAAAGGCAAGGCAAGGAAGCCCCGAGCAGCUUUGGGUGCCGGCCAGGGGGAGGAGGCCAGAGCACAACCGGCAGCUCCUGGCAGGAAGGUGUCAUAGGGGCCCCAGGACUUUGACAGCACAGCACUGUCCCCAGCUGAGCCUGGGCUUUGGGGUAGGAGCUGAUUUUAAUUCCCAGGUGUUAACUCUGUUUAUCCACUACUAAUAAAGGUUGUCUGAUUCA